AUGUCUACACCAUCUAGCACAACGAGGCGAGCAUUGGGAAAGAAUCGCAUUCGGAUCCCAUCGUGUGAGCCCUGCCGUUUGUCCAAACUUGCUUGUGACCACAAGCGUCCAGCAUGCUCCCGUUGUAUCAAUCGUGAGAUCACCCAGCAGUGUGUCUACAGAAAGAACCCUUUCAAGAGGCAUAGACCGAUUGUGGUCUCUGAGCAACAUCAUGCACUUCCUACAACCGCCUCAAAUGGCACAUCGCCUGAAAGACCAGUGGCCACUUUUCAGAUGAAACCGUAUCCAAAUCCAGGCUAUCAAGGAUCAUCGUCUCUCAAGACAGUGCUGGAUAAUCUUGGCGACCACCUAGCCGUUAGGAUCGAUACCUCCAGACCUCAUGUUAACGACCAACAGUCUUCUCGAGAUGCUGUACUGCGGGCAGACAGCUCCAAGAUGGUUGACGAAGGAGUACAGCUGUUGGAGACAUUUCUUGACUAUCUUGCUGACAAUGCUUUUCGACAACUAUUCUCCGAAGCGAAAGGGAGCGGACUACAAACCCAUUUGGGGACCUUCUUGCUCUUCCCAUUCUUCGAAAGCCUUGCAAACGAGAUUGAUUUUAUACGGCAUUCGCAAAAUCGACAGGAAAGCCUGUUUGCACUAUCUCAGCGUCUUUUCGAAAAAGCGAAUCAACCUGUUGAAAUUCAUAGCGCCAUGACUCUAGAAGAGUUUGCAGCCCAGUAUACUGGGCUAAAUUUACGAUGGGAGACAGUGGGAAUAAUUAUUACGCUAGCUGGCACUGCUUCCACCGAAAUCCGGGUUCCACAUCCUGCUUGCAAAACAGAAGAGGAACGUCAGCUGCUGAGGACAAACCUCGUUCAUAUGACCAACAAGUGCGUGGGCUUCUGCGAUUCUCUGGAUACCUUGAAUGAUAUAACCAUGAUAUUCAUCUAUGAGAGUUUCCUUCUUGCUUCUAUAUUCUACGGUGAUCAAAGUUUCAAGGCAUGGAGGAGACUUAAUCAUGCUUCCAGCGCACUGUUUGCCGAUGGACUUCAUGAGACUGUCAAAGAGAAGGAGUACCUACCAUUUUUCUUAACUCAAUUACGUCAGCAAAUCUUUGCUCGAAUAUAUGGAUCCGAUAUCAGUUUUGCUGUCUUUCUAGGUCGGCCUCCGCGAGUGAGUAAACGAUUCUGUUACACUAGCAUGCCUCUCGACAUUGAAGAGAAUAUAUACAGUCUUGUAGGGGAAUCUUUGGACCAAGAAUUGGCACACUUGGACCGCAACGGCUGGAACACACUCGGCCAAAUCAGGAAAAGUGCCGUCAUACGGUGGUCUAUGAUCACCUCAAUGAUCCGUGAAGAUGCUUUAGAAACUCUGCUUGGACGUAAUCUUACCAAUGUACCGCAGCGAAUCGGUGAGCUACAAGCGAAAAUUGACCAUGCAUGGAAAGAACUUCCCCUAUUCCUCACUAUUCCGACCCGAGAUCUCUGGCAAAAAGGACGCUCUUGUCAUGAGGUAGACACUUUACAUCAAAUCCGGCUACUUUACCUCAACACAACCUUUUUGAUCGAAUGGGCAGCUUCGCGGCAUGGCCUUCAAGAUAAUGGAGCCUUGUUCGUCAAUGCUAGUGAACUUCUGUCAUGGGUUAUUGAAGCUCUAGUCAGGCGAGAACAAUUGUCCGAAAUAGGCCUGAUCUCUCUAGCAUGGAGAGUCGCUUCAUGCGCUUUACCCGCUGCUGGUGCUAUUGCCUGGUACCUACUACAGCCAUCAUCUCGUGUCGGCUUUAAUCUCGACUCAUCAUCCAGACGACGCAGCAUAGAAAAUCUGUCAGUGCUAAUCGCUCACAUGGGUGUUCUCCAUGAUCCUGGCGACGGCAACUAUCAGCUUUUUUGCCAUGCAAAGAGUGCCUUACAGUCUGCAAUGGACACCAUUCUCAGUCCUCCAGAUCCCGCUCAGCCUGAGAAUUCUCUCGAUAUGUUAUCAUCGGCGGCACUGUCACCAGACUGGAUAUUUUCGGAUUAUUUGGGGCUUGGGGUAGAUUCCUGGAUUGGUCUUCCGGAUCGUGGAUCUUUUAUGAGGAUGGAUGAUAAUAUGCCGUAUUGA